GGGACACGCAGGUAUAUUCAAAAUGGGGCCCAAGUCUUUGGCGGAGCAAAUUGCUGAAUUGGAGGAUCCGACUCCGAAAGAUUUCGAUCCGGAGGACUUGGAGCGUGGUGGCUCUGAUAGUGAGGAUGAGGGUGGUCGCGCCGCUGAUUCGAGUGCUGGAAGGGAACAUUAUCAGGCUGUUGGCAAGGCGAAGCUUCGCAAGCAGGACCCGGUUGAUCUAGGGAAACAAUAUGCCGGUGCACGGGUUAGCAGAGAUGCGCUCGAUGCUGAUAGCGAUGACGAUCCAUUUAAGGCACGGUCUGGUGAUGAGGAGGAGGGUAGCGAGGACGAGGACGAGGACGAUCUUGAGCUAGGAAGCGACGAGGACGAGGACAUGUCGGAAGAGAGCGAUGAGGAGCAACCGCAAAAAUCGAAGGCAGCUCAGAAGAAGGGCCAUAGCGCAAGGAUUGUCGAUGACAUGAGAUCAGAUGAUUCGGAGGACAUUGGGAGCGACGAGGAUUCGGAAGAUUUCGACGAGGAUGAUAUGGACGAUGAGAUGCCCUCCGACGAAGACGAAGACGAGGAUGAAGAGGAAGAGGAUGAUGACGAGGAAGACGACGAUGAGGAGGAGGAAUCUUCUGCUCGUCGUGUGAAGUUCGCAAAACCCGCAAAAUCAGAUGAUCGGGAAGAGCUACGCAGACUGAUGGCUUCUGAUCAGAAGACCAUUACGGCUACCAUAUCCCAAGCUGCUAAAGCCGAUGCAGUCAAAGGAAAGGCUGUUAAGCAGCAGCGUGCGACUUUUGAUGCGCUUCUGAACACCCGUAUCAAGUUGCAAAAGGGUCUCACCGCGAUCAACCAGCUGUCCGUCGCAGCCAAAGAAGAGGAGGACCUCGAUGGUGAAGCUAUCAAGUCCGCCGAAUCCGCCGCCUUAGCUCUCUGGUCUACUCUCGAAGACCUGCGCCUUGCUCUCGCAGACGCGCAGACUCAAGACGAAUCGAAGAAGAGGAAACGACCUUCCGCAGUCUCCCCAAGUACAUCUACCGCUUCAUUGUGGAAGCGCAUGGCGGAUCUUGAGUCCGACUCAGUUGCCCACCGCCGAACCAUCCUUGAUAAGUGGUCGCUCAAGGUACGCGGGUCGAAUGCUACGAUUCCUAACAGUCGUGGAAAACUCCUGGGCUCGGCCGCUAGCGGGCAACAGAGCAUUACCGCCGUCCUAGAUGCGCAGGUUGCAUCUGAAACUGAUCGUGCUGCCAAGCGCGCGCGUACAGCGAAUGAUAGCUCUACUGAUGAGGACCAAGAACCUGUCUACGACGAUACCGUCUUCUACCAGUCUCUCCUCCGAGACCUUGUUGAGCAGCGCAUGUCCUCCUCCGACGCUAUUACCAACGGUAUCGAUACAUUGCAUAUUCAACUGCCUUCUCGCGGUCUUUCUGUUCACCCUGUGACCGGAAUGCGCAAGGACAAAGUUAAAAGGGAUGUGGAUACCCGUGCGUCGAAGGGACGGAAGAUGCGCUUUGAUGUCCAUGAGAAGCUGCAGAACUUUAUGGCACCAGAGGAUCGAGGUGCAUGGACCAGCCAUGCCCGGGAGGAGUUCUUUGCUUCUCUCCUCGGAAAGACAGCAAGUGGGAUGCUACGAGAGGGUGAUGAUGAGGAUGUUAGUGCUGCUGAAGAAAGUGACUCGGAUCGUGAGGAGGGCGGAUUGAAGCUUUUCCGGAGCUAGGAAUCCGUGAAUCUUGUGAAAAUGAUAUGUUAA